AGAGAGAGAGAGAGAGACUGAAACCCCAUAAUGCACUGCACGCUGCAGGGCUGAAGUCGUGCAGAUUCAUCAGUUCCUGUUCGAGGGAUUGUGUGUGAGAGCACACACACUCGUACACGCAGACCGAGUGCAAGAGAAAUACACAGACAACCAGGCAGAGAGAAGUGCCUUCAUUCGCUGACCCCCGUGGCUGUUUGGCUCCACUGAAGCCGUCUGUGCCUCUGUGCCUGUCUAUGUCUGCCGGAGCUGCCAGCCACACCAGGAGCACCAGGACUGCCAUGACUGCCAACCUCAUCCACUGAGGCUGCCUCCACGCCACUGACACCUCCCUCCUCCCCUGCAGCUCCUGCUCCGUCUGCCAGCCAGAACUCUCUCCAUCCAUGCCACUCAUCACUCCUCUGUGGAAGUCAACCACUUCCCCCUUCUCUGCAGACCAAGCCCCACACUGAAGCAGCUCUUAUCGCCUCCUCUUGUCUCCUUCGCUGUCCCCUCCAACAGCCUCCUCCUCCUCCUCCUCCUUCUCCUCCCUUCUCCUCCCUUCUCUCCUCCAGCCCCGCAUCUUUUCAUCAUGGGCCAAGUCGAUCGAUAAUGCGUUUUGCCAUUCGUCUCAUCUGACAAUUCAGCCGAAGAGCAAGCGAGGCGACAGAGGGAGAACCGGUGUGUGUUUGAAAGAGAGAGAUUACAAAGCAAACCUCUGUGGCUAUCUCCAGCCCAGGCCCUGGGCGACAGGCACUGAAGGAUUCCUAUUUGAGCCACAAACACACUCUUAGGAUGGGCCACAGGUGGUAGGUGAGUCCAAGGCCUCACAGGCUUCACUUGAGUAUCAGACCCCGGGGACAAAACACUCUAAACUCUGGCUUUUUCUCCAUGUCCUUUACCUAUCCUUUCUCACCAUUUGCCCCAGUAUUAUUAGAAACACACAGACGUACACAUAACUGCAUUUGCUGGAUAUCUGCUCCUCUUAAUCGACCCCUCCUGCCUGGUUUGAAAUGGCGGUGAAUGUGACACCGAUCCGGGACACAAAGUGGCUGACGCUGGAGGUUUGUCGGGAAUUCCAGAGAGGAACUUGUUCACGACCGGACAGCGAGUGCAAGUUCGCCCACCCUGCCAAGAGCUGUCAAGUGGAAAACGGCAGAGUCAUUGCCUGUUUUGACUCACUCAAGGGUCGCUGUUCCAGGGAGAACUGUAAGUACCUGCAUCCUCCUCCUCACCUAAAGACACAGCUGGAGAUCAAUGGAAGGAACAACCUCAUCCAGCAGAAAAACAUGGCCAUGCUGGCCCAGCAGAUGCAGCUCGCCAACGCCAUGAUGCCCGGCACACAGCUACAACCAGUGCCCAUGUUUUCAGUCACACCAAGCCUUGCAACCAAUGCCAAUGCUGCUGCAGCAGCGGCUGCUGCGUUUAACCCCUACCUUGGCCCCGUGUCGCCCGGCCUGAUGCCCGCUGACAUCUUGCCCAGCGCCCCUGUACUGGUCACCAGCAACCCCAGCGUCCCCGUACCUGCUGCUGCUGCUGCUGCUGCACAGAAACUAAUGAGGACAGACAGACUGGAGGUAUGCCGGGAAUACCAGCGGGGAAACUGUACACGUGGGGAGAACGACUGUCGCUUUGCCCACCCGUCAGAUAGCACUAUGAUUGACACCAACGACAACACAGUCACUGUGUGUAUGGACUACAUUAAGGGCCGCUGCUCAAGGGAGAAAUGCAAGUACUUUCACCCUCCGGCUCACCUGCAGGCCAAAAUCAAAGCCGCCCAACACCAAGUGAACCAGGCUGCAGCUGCUGCAGCCAUGACACAGUCGGCUGUCAAAUCACUGAAGCGACCCCUCGACGCAACUUUUGACCUGGGGCUCCCUCCCGUCCUGCCUCCUUUACCAAAGAGACCUGCACUUGAAAAAGCCAACGGUGCCACCACUAUGUUCAAUGCUGGCGUAUUCCAGUACCAACAGGCCCUGGCCAACAUGCAGUUUCAGCAGCAGGCUGCCUUCAUACCAUCAGGCUCGAUAUUGUGCAUGACACCUGCAACAAGUGUUGUACCCAUGAUGCACGGUGCUACUCCAGCCACUGUGUCUGCAGCCACCACAUCUGCCACAAGUGUUCCCUUUGCAACAGCAACAGCCAAUCAGAUUCCAGUAAUAUCUGCAGACCAUCUGACUAGUCACAAGUAUGUGACCCAGAUGUAGAAGUCUCAAUCAGAACAAUGGAACUGAAGCGUGCUGGUGUCGAGUUCACGAUUAACGGUCACCCUUCAUGCCCGUAACAUCAAGAGCGAAAUGGAAAAACCAAAUCUAAACUGGUUUGGAAUAAAUCUGCAUGUUAACAUAGGAGGCACAGUUUGUUAGAAGUGUUUUCAUGUGUACUUCAUGCACACUACUACACGACAACAGAAAAAGAACAUCAUUGCAUCAAAGACUGCCUUUCGUUCUGUAGAGGCAACUAACCUUUAUUCACCAGACACACUUUGAAUGUCAACAUUAAGGUAAACGUGUGGAGCGGUCGGAGGAGGAGGAGUCCACUCAACUGGUAUGUCCAUUGACCAAGAAUCAUGAUUUAUGUUGUUUGUUUCUUCAUCGGUUGUUGGUCAUCGACCUAAAUGUGUUUAUUUGUUUACACAAAGGUGCACCUUGUAUUUCAGUUGAGGUAAAAGAGAGGAAUAAUCUGACUGAAUCACAUAUGCAUGCACAACGAUUUUGUUUAUGGUUUUAUUUUCUUCAGCCAGUGAUAAGGAAAUUUACAUGGGUGCACUCAGAGGCAAAAUGGCAACUGAAUGUCUGUGAGGUGUCUUUCAAACCUUUGUAGCCUACCUUUAUAUCUCUUAAGCACACGUCUUUAACCUUGCAGGCGUCCCUGUAAAGUGCCAUACAUCUCAAAACACAUGAAUGGUAUUUAAGCAGUGUUACAAAGUGUUCGAUUCAACAAUUCCCUUUAAUACGUCUGUUUGCUCUCUCGGACAGCAUGUAGUGUCCAACGUCGUGACCCGUCAUUACCUGUGAUUCCCAAUAGCACCACUGCUAAUUAGAUCUCCCAGAUGGUCUGCUUUACUCAGAUCUCCUACUGAAUGAAAUAGCUUUUAAAUAUUUUUUUUCUUUGACUUUGUUGUUGAUGUCAGUCGUUUAGACAUGAAAUGACUGGAUCUGUACUGACGCAGAUCUCUGCUGACUCUAGAAGUCAGAUGAGUAGUACAUGUGGGGUUUUGGCCUGUGUGAGAUGUGUGAUGAAUAGCUUUGAAGCCACAGAGCGAUUGAGUCCAAACUGCUGUGAGACAGAAGUCAAAACCUUACAGUGCAACUAGUGAUGGAUAUGUGACCUGUAUGACCUGAUUUGUUUUUCAUUUGUAUUUGUUAAGUAUAUUUUAAAGGCAGGUUGUCAAAGUAGAGUCAAUGUAGAGUAUAUACAGUCUUGACAUAUUUAAGAAUAUUUGUUUUUAAAACCUGAGACCUGUUUUUUCAGAUAGUCCACCAAAGUCUUUUUGUGUCACUGUUAUUAGGUAUUAUGGGGGUAGACUAGUGGGGCUAAAUUUGAAAACUUUACCGGUCCAAAGAAGAAUCAGGUCUUUAGAGUAGAUCUCUAGAACUCUUUGUUUUUUGGGUGUUUGUUUGGGUGUUCUUCAGGCAUAUUUAAAUUGGUGGAUAAUACAGGGAAAGUGGCAAGAAUAUAAACGAUUGUAUUACUCAUCCAAAGCCUUAGAAUGUACCAUCGGGUCAGCACAAUGCAACAUGCCAUUCUGAACCAUCCAGUUGCCUAAUCCACGCCAUAUUAACACACACACAGCACUACAUAAUUGUCACUUUUUUCGUCAGUGUUUUCUUAACUUUCUUGUAGUUUUUUCUUCUUCUUCCUUAGACGAGGAGUGUUUUGUUUUGUUUUGUUUGGAUGAUAUUUUGAUAUUAGUUCAGAUUUUUAGUUUUGCUUAUUAUAUUUAUCUUUCUUAUAAUGAAUAUAAGGUACAGUGUGUGUUUGUGUGUUCCUCAUGCACAGUUUCCUGAAAUUCCAUGUAAUGUUAAUUUUAGUAUGAUUAUGAUUGUAAACUCAAUAUUUUCUACGUUAUGCAUAUUGUUGAACUGUAUGCAUAUUGUUCAUUUCUCUAGUCUUUUUUGUGUUCUUUGAACAAAGAUGUUUUAUAUGAGUAUCUAACAGUGAUGAAAUAAUAGAACAGAGAGGCUGAGUUGUCACUGUGGCAACCAACGCCACUAACCGAGUAAUAUUUUAAUGAUUGUAAGGUUUGUAACUAGUCAUAUAAGAAAAAAAAGACUAUUAUAAAAAUCUAGUUCUUAGAUGUUUAGAGUAAAGACGUUAUUUUCUACUGUAUCCAUUUCAAAUAGUAACUAUUGUUUUAAUAUUUUUACUCUCCCUGGAAAUUGGGCCAUGUUGGAAAACAAGCUGCAUAUUUGAUCACUUUUCGGGGCGUUGCUGGUGGGGUCAGGUGAACGUGGUGAGUAAGGAGCUGAGUCUGCACGCUCACGUCUUACUCAACCAACUGCAAACAACAAGGGUGGGGUGGGGAAUCUCGAGGCGAUAAAAGGUGACAAAGGUUGACUUUUUUGCACUUCUGUACAUAGUCAAAAAAGAGAGAAUCGUGUAUAUUGAGAUCUUAUUUUGAAUAAAAAAAACAUAAUGUCUAUAACGACAAGGAAUUUUGCUAGGAUAACAAAAAAAUCUUAUGAAAGGCUGAACAAAAUUGCUUGCAUCAAAAGGGCACUGAGUUCUCACUCUCCUACCCCUUUCAGAAAAGGCCAAGUGUUGCUCUUCUUUUUUGUCAGCAGCUUGUAGUUUGCCAGGUAACCUUCCGGAGGAGGCGUCCACUAUACCCUCCAGCGUAAGGGCCUGACUGGGUUUGUCUGGUCCCCUAACCUGCCUGUACUGACAGGUCUGUGUGUCAUGGCCACGCCCUCCCAGGCCCAACCAAUCACAACACGUCCUGUCUCUUUACUUUACUCAGAGAGGAGUGCAUGUUAAAGGAAAUACAUAUACCAUUAAAAAAAAAAUCACAACACAGUAAUAUUGAAUAAGAAAACAUUUACAAAGAAAGAUGUAUUUACAGUAUACAAUAUUCUAUCAAUGUAAUGGAAUAAAAUAUAUAUUAAAAAACACAAAAAUAGAAUAGUGGUUUAUUUAAAAGAAAAAAAAUUCCUGAGAGUAUACUCACUAAAGUGUCACCACUUGGAGAGUUAAAAUACAUGCAACACAAACACCACAGCUAUAAGUAUGUUCUUUAUGUUUCUGUAAGCUGUGCUUCUAGUAGAUGAAACUGACCAAACAGGAAUGUAGUUGAACAUCAGGCAGAAUUUAAGAAUAAUCACAGAUUGGAAUAUUGCUUGGUACUUUGGUCAUUAAGUCCUCAGUUUGAAAUUUUGACCUGAUCAUCUUUGUCAUCUCUCAUCUCCUACAAGCACGCAUGCUUACAUUUAUGAUAUAAUGUAAACUGAACUUUUUUUCAUUUGUUGUUUGUUUUCUCUGCUUGUAGUGCUAAUAUGAUGUAUUCUGUCUUCUGCUGCAGUUUGUUUCUGCUUGUUUUUACUGUUCCAGCCCCCCCUGAAAGGAUGUGUCGCGUAUUUUGCAAUGUUUGCCACCUCCUCUGGAAAGAGUGUGUAGAGAAAACCAUUGAUUGCAACAGUCUAAAGCCAUAAAAUACACAAUCUCAUCCGAAUGAAAUAUGAGAAGAAAUCAGAAAUGAUGAAGAGGUGGGGGAAUGGUACCUUCUGAAGCUGACAGGAAUGUGUUUGCUGUGGUUUUAUUAACUAAAACAUCAUGCAAUAAUUCAAGUCAUGAAGAGAGUUAAUUUAACUUGUGGUGCACUAUGCCAACUUUGAUGGAUGGAUGUAGUUAAGAGAAAAGUUCCCGACACAUAUUUUCAUGGGGCCUGCAUUGCUAUAUUUGAUUCUUGCUGUUAUGAAUAAAAAAUGUAAUAAAAAUUUACAAAUGAGCUGAAGUAAAUAAAAUUUGCUUAAGAGCAAUUAUUUCA